GAGUUCCACCGUUGCGCUCGCCACGUCUCCCUUAGCUAGCUUGUUGGGGACAGGCAGGGGGAGGGAAAACUGAGCGGGGCGGGAACUAUCUCCUCUCGCGAGAGCUGGCGACGGAGGCGGCAGCAGCAGCGGCGGCGGCGGCGGCGGCGGCGUGUCCGUGAGAGUGGCGUGGGGGCAGGGAGGAGAGGCGGCGGCGGCAGCGUCCAAGCUACGCCACUCGGGCCGGGGCGUUGGGAGCGGGAGUGCAGAGCGUGGUCGUGGCGGCGGCGGUGAGAAGAGCGAGGCGGAGGAGGGGGUGCCAUGGCCGGGCAGCAGUUCCAGUACGAUGACAGUGGGAACACCUUCUUCUACUUCCUCACCUCCUUCGUGGGGCUCAUCGUGAUUCCGGCGACAUACUACCUCUGGCCCCGAGACCAGAAUGCCGAGCAAAUUCGAUUAAAGAAUAUCAGAAAAGUAUAUGGAAGGUGUAUGUGGUAUCGUUUACGGUUAUUAAAACCCCAGCCAAAUAUUAUUCCUACAGUAAAGAAAAUAGUUCUGCUUGCAGGAUGGGCAUUGUUCUUAUUCCUUUCAUAUAAAGUUUCCAAAACAGACCGAGAAUACCAAGAAUACAAUCCUUAUGAAGUAUUAAAUUUGGAUCCCGGAGCUACUGUGGCAGAAAUUAAAAAACAAUAUCGUUUGCUGUCACUUAAAUAUCAUCCAGAUAAAGGAGGUGAUGAGGUUAUGUUCAUGAGGAUAGCAAAAGCUUAUGCUGCUUUAACUGAUGAAGAGUCCCGGAAAAAUUGGGAAGAAUUUGGAAAUCCAGAUGGGCCUCAAGCCACAAGCUUUGGAAUUGCCCUGCCAGCUUGGAUAGUUGACCAGAAAAAUUCAAUUCUGGUUUUACUUGUGUAUGGAUUGGCAUUUAUGGUUAUCCUUCCAGUGGUGGUGGGCUCUUGGUGGUAUCGGUCAAUACGCUAUAGUGGAGACCAGAUUCUAAUACGCACAACACAGAUUUAUACAUACUUUGUUUAUAAAACCCGAAAUAUGGAUAUGAAACGUCUUAUCAUGGUUUUGGCUGGAGCUUCUGAAUUUGAUCCUCAGUAUAAUAAAGAUGCCACAAGCAGACCAACGGAUAAUAUUCUAAUACCACAGCUAAUCAGAGAAAUUGGUAGCAUUAAUUUAAAGAAGAAUGAGCCUCCACUUACCUGCCCAUAUAGCCUGAAGGCCAGAGUUCUUUUACUAUCUCAUCUUGCUAGAAUGAAAAUUCCUGAGACCCUUGAAGAAGAUCAGCAAUUCAUGCUAAAAAAGUGUCCUGCCCUACUUCAAGAAAUGGUUAAUGUAAUCUGCCAACUGAUAGUAAUGGCCCGGAACCGUGAAGAAAGGGAGUUUCGUGCUCCAACUUUGGCGUCCCUAGAAAACUGCAUGAAGCUUUCUCAGAUGGCUGUUCAGGGACUUCAGCAAUUUAAGUCUCCCCUUCUGCAGCUCCCUCAUAUUGAAGAGGACAAUCUUAGACGGGUUUCUAAUCAUAAGAAGUAUAAAAUUAAAACUAUCCAGGAUUUGGUGAGUUUAAAAGAAUCAGAUCGUCACACUCUACUGCACUUCCUUGAAGAUGAAAAAUAUGAAGAGGUUAUGGCUGUCCUUGGGAGUUUUCCGUAUGUGACCAUGGAUAUAAAAUCACAGGUGUUAGAUGAUGAAGAUAGCAACAACAUCACAGUAGGAUCCUUAGUUACAGUGUUGGUUAAGUUGACAAGGCAAACAAUGGCUGAAGUAUUUGAAAAGGAGCAGUCCAUCUGUGCUGCAGAGGAACAGCCAGCAGAAGAUGGGCAGGGGGAAACUAACAAGAACAGGACAAAAGGAGGAUGGCAACAGAAGAGUAAAGGACCCAAGAAAACUGCUAAAUCAAAAAAAAAGAAACCUUUAAAAAAAAAACCCACACCUGUGCUAUUACCACAGUCAAAGCAACAGAAACAAAAGCAGGCAAAUGGAGUCGUUGGGAAUGAAGCUGCAGUAAAGGAAGAUGAAGAAGAAGUUUCAGAUAAGGGCAGUGAUUCUGAAGAAGAAGAAACCAAUAGAGAUUCCCAAAGUGAAAAAGAUGAUGGUAGUGACAGAGACUCUGAUAGAGAGCAAGAUGAAAAACAAAACAAAGAUGAUGAAGCAGAGUGGCAAGAAUUACAACAAAGCAUACAGCGAAAAGAGAGAGCUCUACUAGAAACCAAAUCAAAAAUAACACAUCCUGUGUAUAGCCUUUACUUUCCUGAGGAAAAACAAGAAUGGUGGUGGCUUUACAUUGCAGAUAGGAAGGAGCAGACAUUAAUAUCUAUGCCAUAUCAUGUGUGUACACUGAAAGAUACAGAGGAGGUAGAGCUGAAGUUUCCUGCACCAGGCAAGCCUGGAAAUUAUCAGUAUACUGUGUUUCUGAGGUCAGACUCCUAUAUGGGUUUGGAUCAGAUUAAACCAUUGAAGUUGGAAGUUCAUGAGGCUAAGCCUGUGCCAGAAAAUCACCCACAGUGGGAUACAGCAAUAGAGGGGGAUGAAGACCAGGAGGACAGUGAGGGCUUUGAAGAUAGCUUUGAGGAAGAAGAGGAGGAAGAGGAAGAUGAUGACUAAGCAGUACUCAGAAGGGACCACAGUGUUUGCACAUAUUUGCAAUUUUUUGCUGUUUUGGAAGUGUAUAAUAAACCAGAGACAGUACAGAACUGAUGUUGAGGGAGGUGUAGUUUUUUUACUCUAGAAAUGGGUGCAUAAUAUAACUAGGCAGUGGUGCCUUGGUACAACCUGAAAAAUGUUAAGGCUUAUUGAAACCUUUCAAGUAUGGGAUGGUGCAUUUAUUUCAUCUGCAAAUGAUAAUAAAUCCUUUGUUAUUAUAACUGUCCAGAAGUGUGGGCUAUGUAUUACCUGAUCAGUCUAUGGUCCCAGUAAAAGUAAAGAUGCAGGAAACACAGUCUAUAAAUGAGCGACUUUUCUUUGUUCAGCUUUAGUUUUAGCAAACACCACAAAUAUGUUUUAAGUAACAUUGCUCAAGUUUAUAAUCUCUUGAUAAGCUCUAUUAUUGACAUUUUGCAGUGAUACAAGACUGUAACAGCUGCAUUCAUAGAUUUAAACUUUUAUUUUUACUUGUCUUGGUCAUAAGUUGGCAUUCUCUCACAUUCCACAUGAUAUAGAGGGCUACAUUUUGGAAUUUUUCUUUUCUUAAUUGUCCAGUUAUCGGACAGAUUAUAAAAAUGGCUUUUAAUGGCUUAAAACAUUUCUAAACCUGUAUCUUAGCAGAUCAGUGCAGGAUCUAAUUCUUUUGAUAAGCUGUAGCUCUAAAAGUGAUAGUGGGACCGUAUGUUUUCUGAUAUUGGUGGCUUAUGUUAUUAAACCUUUUAUAAAAAAGGUUCACUCUAAAAGCUGAACUACAUCCUUAGUUUUCAGUCUACCUGACUCUAUCAGGAGCUUUUUAAGGAAAGUAAGUAUAACAUACAAAGGAAGCUUUUUUUGUAUUCAUUUUGGACUCCUGUCAAUAAAAAUAGAAGUUUGUUGACUCGUUUUAUGUUUCAAUGGUGUGUGUCUUUUUACUGUCAGGGCAUAAAUAGGGCAAUCCACUUCUUUAUUUUUCAACUAAAAAUUGAAUAGUAUUGUACAUUACUGCUAAAGUGACUGCUAUUUCUGUAUAGUAUAGAAAAACCCAGGAGUAAGAGGGAUUUCCCCUUGUAGUACAACUGGAAGGAUAGUGCUUGUAAAGAGUAGAGAUGUACACAUGAUGAAUCAUUGAGGGAGGGUGGAUAUUUUUAUUCCUAGAUAUGGAGGAAGCAUAAGUCUGUAGUAUUAUAAAACUGAUUAUAAUAAUCCUUUCCUAUGAAAAUUUCCAUAGGUCAAAAUAUUGUUGGAAUACUACAACUUGCAACCUUGUUUACUUAAAAGGUUGCCACUUUCAGUGCAGAAUUACCACUGGUAUCUUGUUACUGCAGUAGUUGGAAGUAAAAAUUGAAAAUUA